UGCACUUCUCGUCUCGAUCGAUAUAUUUGGCAACACGGCAUAAUCACAAGACCUGGCUUUAUGGACCGAUAGGUCUCAGCUAUAAACAAGAAAAAAAGAAAAACAUUAUCUUGAAAGAAGUAUUCUGUAAAUAAUGCGUUGAAAUCCAGUCUGGAGACAAACUUUGACUUUUUUUGGCACAAAGGAACAAAGUAAAAACAGAUAAAAUGGAGGAAUUAUCCGGAGUUAUGAUUGUGAUAAUCAUCGGGGGUGGAGUCCUCGGAGUAACGAUUUGUUUCAUUAUUGCGAAACGACAAAUAGUACGCUUUACACUUAGGCAACGGCGUGGUCCGCAUGUAGCUGUUGGCCACGAUGCCAGGAAAUCAAUUAAAAAAGAAAUCGAAAGACGUAUUGAUUGCAUACAAAAAAUAUACUUUGAGCCAAAGCUUUUGUGGGACGAUAAAAAAGAUGGUGAUAAAUAUAUAUUACAACCAGAUUCCAAUACUCCACCUUAUUACUAUAGAAUGAAGGCUAUGGAUGAUAUUAAAGAGCUUGAAAAGGAAAUAGUCAAACAAGAUGGCUCUACACGGCAUCCCAGAGAUAGCCUGAGAGCAUUUUUGCUAACAACAUUAGCCGCACCGCUUAACGGGUCUGGGCAACGGUUAAUUCACCAGUUUUGUGACAUGUAUGAACACGCUCGUCAUGAUCCAAACGAGUUCGGCGAAGAGGAGUAUCAAGCAUACCAAAGAUUACUUAAAAAGAUCUGCGAUGCAGCAAAAUUGUUGAAAUCAUUCAGCAACAGUCGAAAAUCAUCUCCCAGCCGGACACCGGUGAAGAAACAAAGUAAAAUGCAAUCUCUCCUAGACCCCUCCCGUCUAAGGCCUCCACCAAUGAACGCAUCAGGGGGCGGUAUUGCGGGUGGUAAUGCAGGCAAUCAAAAUGCCCGCCUCAAUCUUUCUCUCGGAGUACAACUCCAGCAUCAACAGGAGCAGCAAUUGCAACUCCAGGAUGAACUAGGCGAGAAUGAAAUACUGAGUAUUUCUCAGUAUCAUGGAGAAACAGAAACCUUUGCCAUACACAGGUCUUUCAAAGAUUGACAUGGUUUAGAAAACAAUCGAAAGCUAGUGGAACUUACUGUGCGAAGAUAUGAAUAACAGAUACAUCAAUAGAAUAAAGAUCUACACUACGUA